CACUAUCAAUAAUAACCGAAGAUAACGACAAAUAGUAAUGUUGUUCUCAUUUCUUAUUUCAAUAAACCCAACUGUAGCGUCCUUCUUUAAGUCGAUAGUGUAGCUAUUGAGAAAUCUUAACUUAGAGUGUGCUAAAUGUACAAAUUGACAAUGGAAAAUAUUAAGUUUAUGUUUAGAUACUUCUCUCUGUGGAUGUAUUAUGCAGCGGGUCAGAGGAUAAUGUGCAAUAAUAUUCCAACGACCUGGACAGACGCUAUGUCCCGUUGUCAGAUGGUUGGAGGUAGUCAGGUGAUACCCGAUUCCGUUCAUGGACCUUUUAUUCAAUCAGCAAAAAACUCAUCUUUCUGGAUUGGACGUAUCAUAUCCAGAGAACUGAGCACGAAUGCAGGGUUAGAACAUAAACCUGUGGCAGACGUAUGUGAAUAUAAAACGACAUCAGGAACUGCAGAUUGGAGCGAUGUAAAACUUGGAAACUGCAGCGACCUGCAUAACUAUGUUUGUUGUCAAAAUACAACACUCGCAAGGGAAUCAAAUAUCGAAGAAUGCAUCAAAACAGGAACAUAUCUUCAGGCGAGUUCAUGCCAACAAACCUACGUUCAAACAAGACCAUGGUAUUUCCCAAAAGGUUCCUACUGGGUUAGAAGUAACUACAGCUAUACAGUACGCGAUUCUUCAGAACAACGAUUUGGUUCAGAAACGCAUGAGGAGCUCUUCAAGUGUGGACGAAUAAAUGGAAUGGAUUUAAAUAUAACUUUCGAUAACUGCUCAAAUAUGCUGCCAUCUUUAUGCGUUGUUUCAUCUUCAUAUAUAGUUAAUACAACUUCUGAAUAUACAGAGUGUAUACAUGUAUGGACCACAGUGACUGAAACCAAUGUCACAAGACCCCCGAAUACUUCCGAGAAAACGACAAACACGGCCGAUUUGAUUAAACGAUUUAGCUGGAUUACACAAUCGACAACAUAUACCAGUCGGUCACAUGGAAUCGAUACUACAUUGCCACCUAGCGCCUCUACAGUAGCAUAUUCCACAUUCGCAAGCUACAAACCACCUAAAACGCAGUCUGCACUUUCAAGUGUGAUCACUGUAGGUUUCACAACUAUUCGAUCCUCCAAAUCAACGCUCACCUUAUCGAAAUCUUCAUCGGAAUUUAACGAUUCAGUCGGAAUAAUUACAAUUGCACCAAAUAAACCAUUUGAAGCAUCCACGACUAAAUCAGCGUUAGCGAUUGGCCUCAGUAUAGGAAUUGUGACUGUUGUUAUUUCCGGAAUUACACUCGCAUGUAUAUUAUUACGAAGAAAGGCCGAUCAUCGCAGUGAAGAACACGAAUUGAGUGAAGUACAUGGCAGGAGAGAUAGGACAAUCGAAAGAACAAGUGAUUUUGUAGGCGGGUCAGAAGAAAUAGGAUCAGAAAGUGUGAGGUUUUCGAGCGAUAAUGCACAGUUUUCAAUAUGUUGCCUGUUUGAGGGAUGCUGACUUAUCCAAAUGUGCAAGCACUUAUUGAAGACAAGGUAAACUUGCCUUCCGCAAAUCUGAUGUAGUAUAACAGUGUGCAUUGGAAUCCUGCUGUAGCCGAAGUGUAGUGACUAACCCAAAUCAAAUGAAACUUAAGUGAAAUACACGUAUCCAGCAGUGCGUACACCUUGCAAGAACCAAUGAAUUAAUCAGUGUAAAUAAUAAUGGUGAAUAUAGUUUGUGAUGUUAAUAGGAAUGCAUACGGUUAACCUUUGUCUUUACCAGCAUAUCAGUGUUUUUCUCCGAAAGCUUGCUUAUUUCUAUAAAACGUCUAUUUAAACAUUACACUCAGCAAUUGCCAGUUGACAUGUGGCAGAUAUAGAUAAGAUAAUAAUAAUGGAAUACAACACACACACACACACACACACAAACAAUGCAUGGGCGAGGCAUUCCUUUGUCUAAGUCGUUAAGCAAUUAAGUUUUAAGUGUUUAUGCAAUACUAACUUUUUCUUGAGACUACAACCUUGUAUAUUAAUUUGUAUCCCAUGCCCAGAUGACAUCUUUAAAAUAUAACGAUAUACAAUUGGCACACAUUAAAAAUUUGGACAAAACACGAAUACAAUUCAAAUAAUGUGUAGACAAUAUUCAUAUUUAUAUAUGGAAUUGAACUAGUUCACACGAAUAUAUCGCUAUUGUAUAGAAACAUUGAAUAAUGCAACGAAAAACAAAGAAUCUAUAAAUAUCACAAAAACCCAUUGCUAUUUCGAGCUUAUCAGAACCGUUUAGGGUAGAAUGUAUGUGUCAUUCUUUAAAGAAGAUAGCGAUUUGAUAAUUAUUCAGUUUAUGAUAAGAAAGGGUUACGCUUAGAUUAAAAUAAUAAAUGUGUAUGCUGUCACAUCUAAAGAUGCCCACCCUUUUGGAUUGUAUCAUAUGACUGAAAUGUAAAUAGAACAUCAAUACUAUAACACAUAAUACAAAUACAUUAUUCGUUAUUGCUAUAUCGUUUUCUUAUCAUCAGCGUGUUAUAGCAACAAGGUGUAAGGGACACUGUUGAAGUCCAAUUGAUAAAACUUGACGCGUUCUCUAUAAGGGUCCACAAAAUACAAAACGCACACACACUUUGAAUGGCUGGAUACGUUACUGUAUUAUACCGGGUGUAUUAAAUUAUGUUCAUAGCAUACAUUUGUGAAAUAAAUAUUUUAUUAAA